UCUCAUUGUACAACCUUCUUCCAGCUUCUUAGUCUCUUUCUAUUCACCCUUCACAGGCUCCUCCGCUCCCUUCUGCCUGUCCUCACGAUCAUGAAGGUCGCCAGUGUUAGCGCCUCGGCUGCCGCGGGCCCCAGCUGCUCGCUGAAGGCGGGCAGGACAGCGGGCGAGGUGGUGCUCGGUCUGUCCGAGCAGAGCGUGGCCAUCUCCCGCUGCGCGGGGACGCGCCUCCCCGCCUUGCUGGACGAACAGCAGCAGGUGAACGUCCUGCUCUACGACAUGAACGGCUGCUACUCACGCCUUAAGGAGCUGGUGCCCACUCUGCCUCAGAACCGCAAAGUGAGCAAGGUGGAGAUCCUGCAGCACGUCAUCGACUACAUCAGGGACCUGCAGCUGGAGCUGAACUCGGAAUCCGAAGUCGGGACCCCCGGAGGCCGGGGACUACCCGUCCGGGCCCCGCUCAGCACCCUGAAUGGCGAGAUCAGUGCCUUGGCGGCUGAGGCCGCAUGCGUUCCAGCGGACGAUCGCAUCUUGUGUCGCUGAGCCGGCUCACUGAAGGACCAGACGGA